AUGUAUAUUAUGGGAUUGGAGGACUUAUUCAGCGAAGGCGUGCAAUUCACUCUCGACCUCGACUUUAGUAGAAGCAAAACCAACUCUACCGUCUCGCUAUUCGAAAGUACCAUCAGAUAUAUUGGGGGGAUUUUGUCCGCCUACGAACUAGACGGAAAAAGUAAUAAAAGACUGAUAGAUAAAGCCCAAGAGCUCGCGGAGAAGCUGGUAUAUGGCUGGGUAGGAGACAACGAUAUACCAUACAACGAACUUAAUUUUACAACCAAUCAGCCUAUCAUCGAAGAGACAGGAUUGGCUGUUGCUGGAACUCUCGUACUUGAAUGGUCCAAGCUCAGUGAUUAUACAGGGAACACUAAAUACCGUACUUUUGCUGAGAAGUCUAUGCGUCGCAUCGGGCUUCUCCCAGCCCCAUUUCCUGGCCUCCCGGCUCAGAUGGUCGACCCCAAAACAAACAACCCCAAUGGCACAUAUAUUACAUGGGGAGCUGGAUCCGACUCCUACUUCGAGUACCUGAUCAAGUACGGAAGAUUAACGAAUAAUGCCGACCCUAUCUGGACAAAGCAAUGGCUCAUUGCGGUUGACUCCUCGAUAACUCAUCUUGCUCAAGAAGCAGUUGAUACCGACGUAAAGGGACUUUUGUAUUUAGGAGAGUGGUACAAUGGAACAUUUAGGCACCUUGGAUCCCACUUGGGAUGCUUUCAUGGUGGAAACUGGAUCAUGGGAGGACGCCUGACUGAUAACGACACUAUUGUCAACUAUGGAUUGAGGCUCACUGAUUCUUGCUGGAAUACGUAUGAAAGGACUGCUACUGGCCUUGGGCCGGAGGUUUUUGGAUUCGUGGGGUCUGACGGGGACCGAGCUGGGAAAGUCAGCCCUAGUCCAGAUGACUUGGCCUUCUAUAAAGAAAAUGGUUUCUACUCCUACAACGAUAAUAUGUGGGCGUACUACGAUCUUCGUCCCGAAGUACUUGAGAGUAACUUCUAUGCUUGGCGCGCAACAGGUGACAUAAAGCCCUUCAACUUAUUUUCCAGUACCAAAAACGUGCAUGCCGCUUUGAUGAGUAUCGAGAAGUACUGCAAGCUCGAUGGUGGUUAUGUUGGUAUUGAUGACGUGCGGCUGGUCAAACAAGAAUCCUAUAUUAAUCAAACAGAAACAUUUUUAUUUGCUGAGGUGCUGAAGUACCUCUAUUUGACAUUCGCCGAUCCCCAGAAAAUCAAUUUGGACGAAUGGGUGGUAAAUACCGAGGCCCAUCCGUUGAUAGCACCCGCGUUACUCAAUACCUAUGCCAUUACCCGUUGGGUGGCACCAGUGGAGCCAUUCAGGUUACGUGCCGUUCGCGCAACAGUGACAAUGGCUAGGUCAGCUUCAUACUUGAACACCCUAGGUUGGAUCGUGGCCAUUAUUCUCCUUGGUACUUCUUGGAGGCUCCGACACCGAGUGCUGAAGGAGGAAUAG